UCGUACGCUUUUAACGGUACGGCCGCCUUUUAGGUCAAUGACGAUUAAGAAGAAUUUUUUUUAAAGGAAACACGUGGGAUGAUCGACGAACCACAAUACAACGCUGGCUGCAGUUUCGGUCUUUGUACAAAUUAAUAACAUCCCGUACCUUGGCUAGAUGAAUUGACAGAUAUCGCUAGUUUUGUUAGGUAGGUCUAGGAUAAAUAUUCGCGAGGCUCUCGAACUAAUUAAAUACAUUACGUAUUUAUUUCAGUAUUACCCGUUCGGUUUGCUAGAACGCUAGAGGAAAUUUGCCACAUUCGUUCGCAAUAUUCUUAAUCGAAUAGCUAACUUUUACUUCAAAGAGCAUCGUAGACGAAUCUCAGACGCGAGUUUUUCUUAUUGUUCAUGUUAAAAUGCGAGCUAAUUUAUUCGUCGGGGUGAUUGUGUUCACGGUGUUUUGGUGCGCAACCGACGCUAAAACUGUAUUCGACAGAGAUUCCUUCAGAACAACACCGAGUGACUCUCUUCUUCGAGUAAAGAGACAACAGACCCCAGAUCCAACCGAUCAAUUCUUCAAUAAUGUCUUCCAAAUUCCAAUUUCGACGUUAAACGCGGUAAAUGAAUUAAUCAAAAGUACUAGACCAGUUAUAAGAAGAGCUCGAGAGAGAAUCCAGCAACAAUACCAGACAUGGCAACAGAAUGGCGGUAAUGUCAACGGAAACAGAUUAAAACCACAAGGACGAGAUGCCAAUUCCGAAUAAUUUUUCCGAUAUUUUCGAAGCAUUUAAUCAUUAAGUUACCUAUGAAAUAUUUCCCAAAGUGUUCUCAAGUUAUAUAUUAAUGAAUUAAUUUAGAAUUAAAAUGUAUCACAUAAAA